CGGCUUAACUGUUUGGCACCGUUUUUUGUGCCUAUCUCUAUCAUUGCUCCUCGCGCUGUUAUUCUAUUUUUGCGUGUCCGUGCUCCCUCCGCUUAUCAGUGGGCAUAUCUUCUUCAUAGACAAUUUUGUUUACGCCAGUGUCUUUUUACACCUCUUCUCCCUUAUCAAUAUACUUGGGUCCUUUUCGACACUGCUGCCUGCUGCUCACAGGAAAACUCAUCUGUUUUGUGUUUGAAAUUUAAUGAUCAGAUAAGGAAACCCAAAACACGGCUGUCGCAAACUUUGCAGUGAAGGAGGAAUACAAUUAACUUGCCUUUUCUAUUGUAAAGGAAAAGUGAUUAACUCAACAGUGCGGCGAUUCUGUGAUUUUCCACCACAUUUAUUCUUUCAUAGUACUCGUGUGAUUGUCAAGCAAAAACAUUAGAAGUAAAGUUGGUAAGUUACGAAAGAAGGGGAAAAUUUUUCAUUUGGAUGUUCCUGCGUGUUUACGAGCUUCAGUGACUAGAAAUGAAACUAAGUUUUAUAUUUAUCUUUAAAUGAAAAGUUAUGAUUGCAAUAAUAACUGUUUCAUAGGAGAGCUACCAAAAUAAAACAUGUGAAGACACAAAGUGUUCGGAUUAGAAAGAAGUAAUUGCAACUAUGCAUUAACUAAAAAACUAGCAUCUUCCGUUUUAUGCGCGCGAUAAAAAACAUCUUCACCGCAUAUUGUGACCAGAUGCUCCAAUAGACAAUUGAAGCGAAGUAAAAAAUAUCUUACGAUGUCGUCAAACAGUGCACUGAAGUUUUUAACGGUUAAGCAGCUUCAAAAACAUUAUAAAACCAGAACAGCAUCCCAUAUUAGCAGCAUGGUGAUGGUAUUGUAUUGUCUUACAAUCCAUGCAGGAUGUUGUAUUAGUUUGGAGAUAAACGAAACCCUCGUGACGCACAAACUUCAACGCUACACGGCAGAUGAUUUGCUCAGCAUUAAAUUUCCGAACAGGAUUUCCAAUGAUAUUGAUAUGGAUCCUUGCAAAUCAAAUGCAUUUUUGGGGGACAUUGCACUGCCAAAUAUAAAUUACGAAUCUGAGUGGCAAAAACAAAGACUGAAUAAAACAAUUCAACAAGAGCUAGAGAAACUUAAGCAAGAGGUGUAUCAUGAAGGUCUGCAGGUUGAAGAGGAAGGACUUACUGACAUAAUUCGCAAGAAAACCAAACAAGUUACGCCGGACAUAAGUAGUGGUGCUACCUUCAAUGUACCGAAUAGAAAUUUAAACGAUCCUACUAUAGAUACCUCCGAAACACAUCCAUUGGACUAUAAGUCACUGAACCGAAAACCAGUUCGUGGCGAUAACGUAAUCGUCGACAGCUACUAUAGUGAAUCGCACAUAAAAGCAACCAUAAUUGACAACAAUGACAACAUUAUCAUUAAAAAUACUAGCUUUACACAUGAUAGUCUUAGAGGAGACUUGCAAUCCCAAUCAAAUUCAUUGUCAUCAAACAACUCCUCAUCUAAAGGAUCUUUCUCAAAUAGCGACAAUAAUGAGGAUUUAAAAAUGGACAUAAUCAAAAAAAAGAACAAAACAGCGGAUGCUCGCAACAUUGAUCUUAAUCGUAUCCAAUCCGACACAAAGGAUAUUGUUAUAGACGAUUCCAGUAAUAAUAUAAUCAGCAAUAACCAUGCCAGCAGAAAGAUUGCGUUGACAGCUUUUUCAACACCUACAACGACAAUGAGACCAUUGCGUACAACCCACGCCAACCAUUUCAGCAAUGCUGGAGGUAACGGAAAAACUUUGGAAAACGUUCAAGUACUGAAUGGUGAUGGUACUAUUACUACUCACAAGCGACAUCGACGUCGACGGCGACAGGGUAGCGGACGUAAAAUUAGUACCGCAGAAAGAAAAUUGUCGAACAAGUCUGGACCAAAACCAAGUGAUGCAAAUUCAGAUACAUACAGAGCCCGGUUAGAAAGAUUGAAAAGUGAGUUGAGCAAUCCAACCCUUUCGAUCGAAGAUUCUAAUUUGAAACAUUUGAAAGGGGAAUAUAAAAAGGCUCUUAAGAAGAAGCAGACCGCAAACAAAUUUAAGUUGAAAAGUAAAGUCUGGUCUGCAAACGAUGAAUUACGUGUGCAAAAAGGUCGUCACAAGCAGAUUGGCAUAACUAACGAACCGAAAGAUAGAAACAUUCCAACCAUAGACAAGAGCGGGCGCAAACGACAGAUUCAUUCCUAUGUCCUGGAUGACAUCAUUAUCGAAGACAAAACACCAGACAUGGAAAGCAAGUCACCAGGUGCUUCAAUGAAAAACUCAAACGGAAAUUCUCUUGAGUUGGGAUCCAUAGCGGCAGACAUACGUACAUCUAGUAGCGGAAAUGAAAAAAUUCAAAUGCAGCAGUCGAAACCUGUUGAUGAUGAAAGAAAGUCAUCCGAUCACCACCGAGUGCCACGAGCUGCUACUGCAAAGAAGGAACGCAUCUGGGACUUUGGUGUCAUCCCAUAUGAGAUUGAUGGCAAUUUUAGCGGUUUACAUAAAGCCCUCUUCAAACAAGCAAUGCGUCACUGGGAAAACUACACGUGUAUAAAAUUUGUCGAGCGAAAUCCCAUCGAACAUCCGAAUUACAUUGUCUUCACAGAACGCCAAUGCGGUUGUUGCUCAUUUGUAGGAAAACGCGGUAAUGGACCGCAGGCGAUUUCGAUUGGUAAAAAUUGCGACAAGUUUGGCAUUGUAGUGCACGAGCUAGGGCAUGUGGUAGGUUUCUGGCAUGAACACACCCGACCGGAUCGCGAAAACCAUGUGGUGAUUGAAAAGAAUAACAUCAUGGUUGGGCAGGAGUACAACUUCAACAAACUAACCGAGGAUGAAGUGAAUUCUCUGGGAUUACCGUAUGACUACGACUCCAUCAUGCAUUAUGCACGGAAUACUUUUUCAAAAGGCACCUAUUUAGACACGAUAUUCCCGAUUGAAAUGCCUACCCGGAAACGUCCUGAAAUCGGCCAGCGUCUAAGACUUAGUGAAGGAGACAUCGCCCAGGCAAACUUGCUAUAUAAAUGUGCUAAAUGCGGCCGAACAUUUCAAGAAAAUCUAGCAUCAUUUACUUCGCCUAGUUACUACUCUAAUACGCCACCGGCCGAUCCAGAAAGAUGCGAAUGGCGAAUAACGGCAACGCACGGAGAAAGAAUUGUGCUCAACAUUACUGAUCUGGAUAUAUAUAAAUCUAACAACUGUCGCUCGGAUUAUUUGGAAAUACGUGAUGGCUACUGGCAUAAAUCACCUAUUCUUGGUAAAUUUUGUGGAUCCGGCAAAGUGAACGAUCUUAUCAAAUCAACCGGUAGCCGAAUGCUGCUUACGUAUACCACUACAUACCGCCAGUCCAAUAUGCGAGGAUUUGCCGCCAGUUACGAAGCAGUGUGCGGGGGUAAUGUGAAUUUGGAAAGUGGGGGACGGCUAGAGUCACCUAAUUACCCAAUGGACUAUUUACCUAACAAAGAGUGUGUAUGGAAAAUAACCGUUCCUAAAGACUACCAGGUGGCAUUGAAGUUCCAGUCAUUUGAGGUGGAGAACCACGAUAACUGUGUGUACGAUUACGUCGAAGUACGAGACGGUGAUUCAGUUGAUUCUCGAGUGAUUGGCGUCUUUUGUGGAUAUAAAAUUCCUCCAGACAUGAGAUCAACCACCAACAAAAUGUUUGUGAAAUUUGUGUCGGAUGGGUCGGUCCAAAAAGCUGGAUUCUCUGCAACUUUUAUGAAAGAGGUCGAUGAAUGCGAACGAAUGGACCAUGGAUGCGAGCAUGAGUGUAUAAACACUCUGGGCGGAUACGAAUGUGCUUGCUAUAUUGGAUACGAGUUGCAUAGUGACAAGAAGUCUUGUGAAAAUGCUUGUGGUGGAACUUUGAAGCAACUAAAUGGAACAAUACUCUCGCCAUCUUUUCCUAAUGAAUAUCCUGUUAUGAAGGAAUGUGUGUGGGAAAUAAUAGCACCAGCACAACACAAAAUUACACUUAAUUUCACACAUUUUGAGCUAGAAGGUAACACAUUCUAUCAAGCAUCGGAAUGCGAAUAUGAUUCGGUGACCAUUUACUCCAAGAUAACCGAGGACACGCUCAAGCGUCAUGGAGUAUUUUGCGGUACAAAAGUGCCACCAACGAUAACAUCGGAGGGAAAUGCCCUUCGAGUGGAAUUCAAAUCCGAUAAAACGAUUCAAAAGUCAGGUUUUGCUGCAAUCUUUUCCACCGAUGUAGACGAAUGCGCGGUUAAUAAUGGAGGGUGCCAACACGAGUGCAAAAAUACACUUGGGUCGUACGUUUGCUCUUGUCACAACGGCUAUAUGUUACAAGAUAAUGGUCAUGACUGUAAAGAAGGCGGAUGUAAAUAUGAAGUCACAUCACCAAACGGACAAAUCUUUAGUCCAAAUUAUCCAGAUUAUUACCCAUCCAAAAAGGACUGUAUUUGGCAUUUUACAACAACUCCAGGACAUCGAAUUCGACUAGUGUUCAACGUGUUUGAUAUUGAACCUCACCAAGAAUGUGCCUAUGAUCACAUUGUCAUCUACGACGGAGAUUCUCCGGAGAGCUUCGCCCUCGGACGUUUCUGUGGUGCUAAACUGCCUCAUCCACUAUCGUCUACUUCAAAUGAGAUGUAUAUGGUAUUUAAUACCGACACUAGUGUUCAACGCAAAGGCUUUUUUGCGAGUCAUACUACUGCAUGUGGAGGAUACUUGAGGGCAACCAAUAAGGUGAAGCAUAUCUAUUCCCAUGCCAAAUACGGCGCUGGCAUGUAUGACAAUGGAGCCGAUUGCGAAUGGUCAAUAGAGGCUGAUCGAGAUAAAAAUGUCCAGUUGAAGUUCCUUACAUUCGACGUAGAAGAAGAACGGAUGUGUUCGUAUGAUUAUGUUGAGGUGUACGGAGGCCUUGACGACGCCAGUGGCCCACUUCAUGGAAAAUAUUGCGGGAAUACCAAUCCACCAGAAAUAAUUUCAAUGAAUGAGGCAUUAUUAGUUCGCUUCCGCUCUGACGAUACAGUUGGCUUCAAAGGUUUUUCUGCUUCAUAUGUUGCUGUUAGCCCUUUUGGCGACGGCCAAUCAACAGACGAGGAUCUUUCAGAGAGUUCCGAAAUGACGCCAUUUCCUGGUUCCCUGAAAAACACCGUCAUCGAGCCAGACGAAGACGCGGACGAGGACGAAGAUGAAGAUUACGAAAUAUAUGUUCAUCAUCGGCACCUGAACCCGAAAGUCCGGUUUUCAGUACGCAACGAGAUACGAUCCUCACAAGCCAUCGAAUGAAACAGGCCUAGACGCGUCGGUUUCCGGCGCAAAGUACAUUAGUUUGCAAAUUCGGACAGAUGAAGUAAGAUGUAAUCAAGUGAGCACUAAAGUCGGUUAUGCCUAUAUGUUUAAAAUAGUAGUCCUGUUGUACUUAAUUGUACAUAUUUUAUUAUGUCUAAGUACAUUGAAGUAAGGAAAGGAUUGAAAUUUAUAAGAUUAGGUACGAAGCAAAUAAUUUAAAUGGUCAAAUUUAAAAAAAUCGAACUCAGAGUGAAUAGUAGGUAUACCUUAACAAAAACGAAAACCAAUGUUUUGUGUGUGCAUAUUUGUUUUUGUUCCUCCAACAGACCUCAACUAAAGAACUAAAGCCCUAUAAUCUAAAGGAUGGCAAUGAAAAAUUCUACACUACCACUUAUUAACCAAACCAGCAGCCCGGAAAUUUUUACAUGAAUACGUUAAGCUUUGUUUUUAUUUUUAUCUUGAGAUCUAAAGUUGAGUCGAAUUGAGAAUAGUUGAAUUGAAUAGUUUAGAAUAGGUUCUUUCCCCAGGUAACCAAUAAGCAUUAGUAUAAGGAGUAAAUCAAUCGUUUAUCCCUGGCGUUUUAUACUGCAGGUUGCUGUUUAUCAACCUUUUGACUGCAUAACUGCGGUAAAUUGGCAUCCACAUCCACAAUUCUAUUUAAAUUCUUCUUGUCGGUAACUAGCUGCAAAUAAGCAUUGUCAGCACUAUAAGAUAAGCACUAGCAGUAAAGUAGCCGAAUAUUUUGCCAAAAUAACAUUGAGGUAGCAUUUAAGGCGACCGUAGCUUGCAUUUAAAUUGCAUUGGUAAUGCUUAUUGGUUUCCUAGGUCUGUCACCCACCUAACAUAACACUGACUCUCCUAUUCUUCGCACAUCUGUAACAGUCAUUUUAUUGUUGGUUGGGAAUUCCUCCGUAUUCGUCAAAGUGGCGCUUUUUAAGGAAAGAAGGCCCCAAAAAAUACUUGUUUGUUCGAGAGCUACUCCUAUUGUAAGGUAAUAUUUGGGAAUGUUGAUCAUAGAUGAACCUAGUGUUUAGGCCAAAUGUGUGUCACGAUAAUUUGUGUUGAAUUUUCUUCCAAGAGUUAUGUUUGUUUGUCUGUGAUUUAACGCUGCUAAAAUCUAUGCAGAAUUCAAUAAAAUCCGGUAAGUUUUCAAGACAAAAUAUUGUAGGAACUAGCCGAGAUUCGAACACACGAAGACUGGCUUAUUAGGCCAGCAUCAUACCUCGAAGCCAACUGGGUGGAUCCAUACUUUACAUUACAGGGCUUUAAUAUUUGCUGGGCAAAAAACGUCAAACUUUUUUUUUCGGUUGCGAAUUUUAUCAGCUAUCAAUCAACAACUGUUUUGGAAAAAGAUAUAACCGCGCGAGAUGAUCAGCAUGGUAGUUGCGUUGAUAUUUAAGUAGAAUUAAGUUUAAGUUUUCGAACGGGCCCGAAUUGAUUGAAAUUUGAUUGAUUGAUUGAUUGAUACGAAAUUCGAUCGUAAAAAAGUUUUUCUUCAAUUUCAAAAGGUUUCUGCUUUGUUUGCUUAGCUCUAUAUUUUAAGAAUACACAAAACAUUGACAAUUUUGUAUAUCCAUCAUAAAGAUAGUGACUUUCUUAUCUGAUAUUUCUCUUCAUUAUUUUACCAAAAAAACUCCCAGUAACCGGCACUUCUAACGGCGAGUUGUAGGCAAUCACGAGAUAGAACUUAUUUUUGCACAAUAAAGGUUAGGGUAUAUUUAACAGUAGUAGACACUUUAGUGCAUGAGUUGUCCUCUUCUAUGGAUUAUAUUGAACCCGUGAUACAAAAUACCUAACUGAUGGCACUCACGAUACCAGUAACAUUCGAUUAAACUAAAAAAUAUCAAUUUAGAUUCCAAAUCUCCAAAUAUUUUACAUACUGUUCGUAAACAGAUUGUAUAUCCAUUAUCGUGUUAUGGACACUUUGGAAUUUACAAUACGAUCAAUACCGGGUUCAUUAUUGGUUUUGCAUGGCGGAAGUUUGCUAUUGGUGACAUUUUUUGCGUUGUUAACUGUAUAAUGGACCCUUACUUGUAGGAAACGAGUUUAAUUAUGGAAUUCUGCUAAAAUUUUAUGAAUUAAAAGGUUUGUUAUGUUUAAGGUAGUCAACCUAUUGGUUGGUUUGGAUCCCAUACCAUACUUCGCAGUAGGGUUAUUUUCGAGCGGAGGAGAAAUAACUGCUGAUCUGUCUAAUUUUAACUAAAAAGUAAAAAGUUUCACUUAAUGGUCGCCAGCCUAAAUUAACUAAUACAUGGUUCGUAACCAUUUUUACAAAACUAGUUGAACUACUGUAAUAAAUAUUUUCUUCACUUUGAACAGAUAUAUUGCAUUGUAUAAUAAAUGUAACACUAUUUAAGGGUAAACCAGGUCUUUUUUCGGGUGCCAGCACUACGAAUGUUGGUUAAGUACAAAAUGUAUGAGAUGGGUCCUGUAGCCAAUGAUAUGUAUAUGUUUCUUAUGUCUUCGGCAUUUUUAAGCUCUGCUAUUUCUUAGUCUGGAUUUAGAAAGUCGUACGUUCGUUUAAUAGCUACUCACAGUGACAUCAUGUAAUUAUUUUUAGAACAUUCAACACCUUGGUAACUUUAAAAUGGAAUAUAAAUUGGAUACCUAUCACAUAAUUUGUGUGGUAUAUUCAUGUUUUUGUAUAUCAGUAAUUUUGCUUUUUUACACUUUUUAAAUUGAACCUGAUAUCUUUAUUUUAAUGUAUCGUAUCUACAAAAAAGGUUCUCUACAUACUUCUGUUCUAUAAUUUUCGAACAACAAUGGAAAAUAUAAAGUUGUAUCAU